GCGCUCCCCGUUUCUGCCUGGCUUCUCGGCUUAAUUUUCCUCGGCGGGAUUAAAGUUGGAAAUUGAGCGGAGAAUUGAGUUGCCCGGGAACAGAGCCGCGGCCGCCGCCAGAGCGAUGUUCCCGCAGAGCCGGCACCCGACGCCGCACCAGGCUGCAGGCCAGCCCUUCAAGUUUACUAUCCCGGAGUCCCUGGACCGGAUUAAAGAGGAAUUCCAGUUCCUGCAGGCGCAGUAUCACAGCCUUAAAUUGGAAUGUGAGAAACUGGCAAGUGAAAAGACAGAAAUGCAGAGGCACUAUGUGAUGUAUUAUGAAAUGUCAUAUGGAUUAAACAUAGAAAUGCAUAAACAGACUGAAAUCGCCAAGAGAUUGAAUACAAUUUGUGCACAAGUCAUCCCAUUUCUGUCUCAGGAACAUCAACAACAGGUGGCCCAGGCUGUCGAACGUGCCAAACAGGUGACCAUGGCAGAGUUGAAUGCCAUCAUCGGGGUACGUGGCCUACCAGGUCUACCUCCUACACAGCAGCAGUUGCAAGCUCAGCAUCUUUCUCAUGGCCACGGACCUCCAGUCCCCCUAACGCCUCACCCGUCGGGACUGCAGCCUCCUGGAAUCCCGCCCCUCGGCGGCAGCGCCGGCCUUCUGGCGCUGUCUAGUGCUCUGAGUGGGCAGUCUCACUUGGCAAUAAAAGAUGACAAGAAGCACCAUGAUGCAGAGCACCACAGAGACAGAGAACCGGGCACAAGUAAUUCCCUCUUGGUCCCAGACAGUCUAAGAGGCACAGAUAAACGCAGAAAUGGGCCUGAAUUUUCCAACGACAUCAAAAAAAGAAAGGUGGAUGAUAAGGACUCCAGCCACUAUGACAGCGAUGGUGACAAAAGCGAUGACAACUUAGUUGUGGAUGUGUCUAAUGAGGACCCUUCUUCUCCGCGAGCAAGCCCCGCCCACUCACCCCGGGAAAACGGAAUCGACAAAAACCGCCUGCUAAAGAAGGAUGCUUCCAGCAGCCCGGCGUCCACGGCCUCCUCGGGGAGCUCCACUUCCUUGAAAUCCAAAGAAAUGAGCUUGCAUGAAAAAGCCAGCACGCCUGUUCUGAAAUCCAGCACACCGACGCCUCGGAGCGACAUGCCAACGCCGGGCACCAGCGCCACUCCAGGACUCCGUCCAGGCCUCGGCAAGCCUCCAGCCAUGGACCCCCUCGUUAACCAAGCGGCGGCCGGCCUGAGGACGCCCCUGGCGGUGCCCGGCCCGUACCCCGCGCCCUUCGGGAUGGUGCCCCACGCCGGCAUGAACGGCGAGCUGACCAGCCCCGGCGCCGCCUACGCCAGCCUCCACAACAUGUCCCCGCAGAUGAGCGCGGCCGCUGCCGCCGCCGCCGUGGUGGCCUAUGGGCGCUCCCCGAUGGUCGGGUUUGAUCCUCCUCCUCACAUGAGAGUACCUACGAUCCCUCCAAACCUGGCAGGAAUCCCUGGGGGGAAACCUGCAUACUCCUUCCACGUGACUGCAGACGGUCAGAUGCAGCCCGUCCCUUUCCCCCCCGACGCCCUCAUUGGACCUGGAAUCCCCCGACACGCUCGCCAAAUCAACACCCUGAACCACGGGGAGGUGGUGUGUGCAGUGACCAUCAGCAACCCCACGAGACACGUGUACACGGGUGGGAAGGGCUGCGUCAAGGUCUGGGACAUCAGCCACCCCGGCAACAAGAGCCCCGUCUCUCAGCUCGACUGUCUGAAUAGAGAUAACUACAUCCGUUCCUGCAAAUUGCUCCCUGAUGGCUGCACUCUCAUAGUGGGAGGCGAAGCCAGUACCCUGUCCAUUUGGGACCUGGCGGCUCCGACCCCGCGCAUCAAGGCAGAGCUGACGUCCUCGGCCCCCGCCUGCUACGCCCUGGCCAUCAGCCCCGACUCCAAGGUCUGCUUCUCGUGCUGCAGCGACGGCAACAUCGCUGUGUGGGACCUGCACAACCAGACGCUGGUGAGGCAAUUCCAGGGCCACACAGACGGGGCCAGCUGUAUUGACAUUUCUAAUGAUGGCACCAAGCUCUGGACGGGCGGCCUGGACAACACGGUCAGAUCCUGGGACCUGCGCGAGGGGCGGCAGCUGCAGCAGCACGAUUUCACCUCCCAGAUCUUCUCCCUGGGGUACUGCCCCACUGGAGAGUGGCUGGCCGUGGGCAUGGAGAGCAGCAACGUGGAAGUUCUCCACGUGAACAAGCCCGACAAGUACCAGCUGCAUCUCCACGAGAGCUGUGUGCUGUCCCUGAAAUUUGCUUAUUGUGGCAAGUGGUUUGUCAGUACUGGAAAGGAUAACCUCCUCAAUGCUUGGCGGACCCCCUACGGAGCUAGUAUAUUCCAGUCCAAAGAGUCCUCGUCCGUGCUCAGCUGUGACAUCUCUGUGGAUGAUAAGUAUAUAGUCACUGGCUCAGGGGACAAGAAGGCUACAGUCUACGAAGUCAUCUACUGAAAACAUUAUGUGGUUUAACGUUUAUAGUUGAAUUGGGCCAAAACGUUUUGAAUUUGUAGAAAUAGAAAAGUUGUAACUUUAAAAGAAAAAAAAAACCAAACAUGAAAACCUGUUUCCAAACCUUGACACAAAACUACUUUCAGUCUAGAAAGAGGAGGCGACGAGUCCAUCAACAGGUGGUCACCUAUCUACCUAGACCAAACGGAGCACCGAGGCGAGGUGGACCGAGGGGCGGGGGGCGGUAGGCCUGAGCAACCGAGGGAGCCCGCUACCCCGGCAGAGCCCACGCUUUUCUUUCUGUCUGAUCCGCUGAGAUUCCUUUCUGUUCCUCGCGGUUCCUCUCACGCCCGUCUUUGCUAGAGCAAUGGUGUCUCCACUGAACUUGUUUCCUGGUUUUGCAUCUUGUGAAAUGUUUUUUUGUAUUUUUGUUGAAGGUUAAACAUUUGUAUAAAUUGUAAAUAUAUUUGGUUUAUUACAGUAAAGGCUUUAGUACCAAUAA